GCUCAAGAUCGUGCUCACCGUAUCGGCCAGACAAAGGCUGUCCGAAUCCUCCGUUUCAUCACAGGGAAGAGUGUCGAAGAAGCUAUGUAUGCUCGUGCGCGGUACAAGCUCGAUAUCGACGACAAGGUCAUCCAAGCCGGUCGAUUCGACAACAAAUCAACAUAG